UAUGAGAAAAAGGGAAAGCUAAGGAUGCUGGAGCAGAACAAUGGAUUUCUCUUUCUCUUUCAUGCAAGGGAUCAUGGGAAACACAAUUCAGCAACCACCUCAACUCAUUGACUCAGCCAACAUCCGCCAAGAGGAUGCCUUCGAUGCCAGCAGUGACAUUGCUGAAGAUGGUGGCCGGACGCCGUACGAGGCUGCGCUGCAGCCAGGCUUUCCGUACGCGGCGCCCGCGACGGAGGACCUCCCGCCGCUCACCAACGGCUACCCCUACGAACCUCAGGCCAAAUACCAGACCUACGGCCAGUAUCCCAAUGGUUCAGCCAAUGGCUUUGGUACCGCCAGGAACUUUAGUCCCCCGGAGUAUUACCAAAUGGAAAACUCCAACGCAAGGCCGCACAAAGUUCUGGAAAAACCUUCCCCUCCCCAGCCGCCGCCUGCACCACCACCUUCAGUUUCACACACGGUGAUUCCAAAGAAGACUGGCUCCCCAGAGAUCAAAUUAAAAAUAACCAAAACUAUCCAGAACGGCAGGGAAUUGUUUGAGUCCUCUCUGUGCGGGGACCUUUUAAAUGAAGUGCAAGCGAGUGAGUAUGCUAAGGCGAAACACGAAGGGAGAAAAGAGAAAAGGAAAAAAAGUAGCAAGCAUGACUCUUCCCGA